GCGAUCAUAUCCUCGUACUCUUUGUACACGAUGGAGCCAUCGCUCUCCAGCGUUAGCACGCUCAGCGGAUUAUAUUUCGAGGGGACACAGGAGGGGCGAGGAACUGCCGAGUCCACUUUUUCGUAGAGGAUGUUCUGGAUCAAGAAACAUUAGAUUUGAGGCAAGUAAAUGGCUCUUUGAUGCCUUACUUGACAAAGAUGAAGAUCAAAUCAUGGAACUACAGCUGAAGCAUGGACAGGUUGGAUCAGACAGGAGCUGCCAAUUCUGCAAGCCGCUUCUCUCCCAACAGACAAACUGGUUACAUAAACCAAUUGGGUCAUCAUAAUGGCAAAGAAGACUCUGGGUAUGGCUCAUUCUCUCCUACUUUCAGCGCUGCAGAAAAUGUGUCACUUCUACACUGCAGCCAUAGACCCUGGCAAACAGGGAAAGUGUUCUACCAGGGCCCUGAUUCAGACACUCAGCGAUGGACUGGCACAAAGCCAACAUCUGUAGUCUGUGAUGCUGGUGCUAUGGGCAAUGAAGAGAGACCUGUCUUCCUAUCCAUGGAGAACUAUAACAACAAUGGUCAUGGUAGGGAGUAUAAUUGGUCAAAACCUCCUCCCCCACCAACUCGUCAUGAUAGUUUCCUUGUUAUCAGACAACAUGAUGGUUUUGGCUGUUAUCACACCCGUGAUGGAUCGAACCCACAAGAUGUGUCUCAGAGAUCAUCAGUUGAGAGCAAGAUGCUAGGGAUGACUCUUGAAAACAAUUGCCAAUCUAAAGAGACAUCAAGCCUGCCCCAGACUCCCUUUUUGAACGCUUCAUUAAAGAAUACUGGUUUUGUGCCAGAGAAACACAGUCAAACAGUUGAAGGUGCAGGAAAUUUUACUCCUAAAAGGAUUGAGAAGGCACCUCCAAACAACAUAACUAACUCGUCUCUCUCUCUUGCCCAUCACAAUUCUGGCAUUGCAUUUGACUGUGUGGAAUCACAAAAACAAAUCCACUGUCUCCCAUUGGCAUCUGGACAGAAACCAGUUCUUGUUAGUCCUCGCCAUCCUGAGCUACCAUCUCCAGUAAUGUGUGGUAGGGUGAAUGCACGCAGUCAAGAAAUAUCACCACAUUUUUACGUCACCACCACAUAUUCGCAAACACUUAUGGGGGAAUCUAGGCCUGCCAAAGGCUUUCCAGGCUCUUCCCAAUCAAUGUGCCCUGAAGACAAGGAAGGACGAAACCCUGAGGUGAAUUAUAAAUUUAAUGUAGUUAGAGGAUGCAAAAACAGACAAAGAUCAUUGAGUGAGGCAAGUGCCAGACACUUAUUACAUCAGCCACUUGGUCUAGAUAACAGUGCCCACAACUGCCAGAUCUUCUGUGGAUCUAAUGAGUAUUCACGCAUCCCUAAAACACAUCUUCCUGUGACAGAGUCUGUUCAGGUAAGAAAGCAGUGUAGCCAGAGGAAAAUGAGAAACAGCACUGGCAGUGUAGGACAUCAAUUAGUUCCAUGUCCAGAAGCAAGAAAUAACUGUGAUGUUUUUGAGAAUCUCUUGAAGCCAGCAAACGAAACAAGCAGUCCUGGUGCAAUCACUGCUGAAAAUACUCCAAUGUUGCAUCGUCUUGCCUUCGAAGCCACAAAUGUUGGGAGAAGUUCACCAACGAGCCCUAAACAAAAAUUUCAUCUCUCUGGCGGCCAAAAGGACAUGCAUGGACAGAAUGGAGGAAGCCAGGGUCUGUGCAGAGCACUCGAGAACAAAAUGACACAGCUACAAAAAUGCAAGAGUUCUUCUCGGCUUCUAAAUGAAUCCAUUGACCUCAGCCAAUUGAAUGAAGAAGCUCCAGACACCUCAGGCUCAUCAAUCAAUUCUUCCAAAACUGCUUAUAGAAACCAAGUAAAGCAUGCACAGUCUAAGGUUCUGAAGGAGACCUCUUUUAAACGUAGAGACCUCCAGCUUAGCUGGCCAAACAGAGCUAAGCAAAAGCCCAUUGGGAGGCCAAGCAUUACACAUUUCCAAACAGACUCUUUGUCUGACCCAAGUCGCAUUCCCGAUGAUCCAGCAGCCACGUCUCCACCAUCACAAGGAUUGCAUGAGAACCAAAGGGUAAAACCUCUGGAUCCCCAGCACAAGGCCACCCGAACAGGGAGCAGGAAAAGGCUGACAUUGCUGGAGAAGAAAAUGUAUUCUUCAGAACCUGAAAAGAUAAAUCAGUUGGGUGUAGUGUGUAGUCCAAGGAAAUGGGGGCAGGCAGAGACCUUCAAGUUCCCAGAUAUGCAGGGCAACAGUAGUCUCGUGACAUCAAGGAGACAGCUGUUUGAAGCAGCAAAUACAUCACAGGUGAAGUUAAAGCAGAUUCAGCAUGAAGCUUUGGUCGAGUAUAUUGGCCGCAGGAGAAGUCCUAGACCCUGUGCCACAGAAUUAAUUAGUGAUCAAUGGCUGUUUUCAAAGCCCGUCCAGCACAGGAGGCUUUUGGAGAGCAGCUGCUGUCAAUAUUCCAGGUGCAGUCCCGUCCAAGGAUCAAACAUAUCCCAACACAAAUUAGCCGAGAGACCUUGGGAUAAUUCCUCAGAAACCUCUUCUGGCUGCAGUACUAGAUCUCCCAACCAUCCCUUAAGCAAGUCAUUUGAGCUUCAGCACUUUCCAAAGUGGACAGAUGCCUGUUGCAUUUCUGAAAAACUUGGCUCCACUGAUGAUCUGCAGGACCAGCCGGAGUUUGUUCAUUUUGGUAGGCGUGCACGGUCAAAGUCAUUUCCAUUACCUCAGCAGAAUGAGCUAGCUCCUAAUCUGAACAAGGAGUCCUUGAGGCAAAUUGAUAACAACGACACCCCUGCCAGGCCCAGUACUGCCAAAAUCAAGUCUGUGACUGAAGUGAGUGCCAAUUGGAAAUAUUGUGAUAACAAGCAUGUUAACAUGGCACUCAACAAAAGCAGAUUUGAAAGACAAAGAGGAAAGUCAUUGGAUGAGCCAGAGUCAUCCAACGGCAGACCAGCCACACAACUGAGCAGAAGUACUGACCAACUUUGCUGCUCAGAUGCUGAUGGUGAACCAACUGAAGGGAAUCAUGCAGCGCUAGAAUGGAAAAGAGCACCCCUACCUCUGCCAGAGUUACCUUCUUCCAAACAAAACUGGAUUAAGCUGAAAAGGCACAUCAUUAAUUCACAAACCAGCCAGGAUGAAACUGCUAUUGUGUAUGAGAGAAGUUCUGACAUGACCAAGUCACGUUCAUUUUCAUAUAGUGCAGAACCUGUUGCUCCUAUAUCUCCAUCUCCACCUUCGCCACUCAGGAAGUCACCAGCUUGGACAUAUUCCCAUUCCUCCCCAUCCAGCCAGGAAGAUGAUGUGUAUUUUGAAAAUUCCUCUGUGAAAUCAGAAAACAGUGGCACAGAUCUUUGCUUAGCCUCUGAAAAGAUUUAUGUUCAAUUCAACCUCUCACAACAGCAUCCAAAAAAUAUGUUUGAAUCUUCAUCCCUAGCAAUAGCAGCAAACAAAGAAAUUGAAGUGACUGAGCAGACAAUGAGUGGAAAGAAUUCACUGUCAACCGUAAACUUUGCUCAGAUGCAUCCCACAGAAAAUGACAUGGAACGUCACAAGAAGGAUAGGCUGGUGGACUUAGCUUCUUUACCUCUUUGUUCAGAGAGCGGUGUUGAGAUGCCCAUGCCAGUCUCUACGGCAGGUGUUGCAAAGUCUGAGCUCAAAACCGAGAACACCAAGGCAUCACUGGUUAAAGUCCAUCAAGGUAACAGAAAGGAAACAUCUCAGCAAUUUUCAACAGAUCCAAGGAACACCUCUGUUCAACUGAGGAUGAAGACAAAGUCCCCUGAAGAGCUAAGAAUGGAGAAACUAAUGAAGGAAAUUAUAGAUGAGGAUCACUCACUAGCAGAUGUCCUGGAUCCCAACCCCACUACAAAAACAAUAAUGGAUCUUGUGGAAGGGUUGUUUCAGAAUGAUACAUUGGUGCUUGAUGCUUGUCAGAGGAGAGAGCAAUUGUACAGUCAGACAACAGAGGCAGAAACUAAGAGAAAAGACAAACAAGAUAUUCAAUCCCCAUCCUUGCCGGAACCAAACACUCAGCCUAAGGUACCAAACAAAAUUAAUCUGAGGCAAGAUGUCAGCAAAGAAAGAGGGGAAUGUCCAAGUGAUGUCACAGAAAAAAAGAAAGAAUUAAUUAGCACAAUUAGGCGUAAACUUCUGAAGCUUCAGAAAACUAAAGCUGGUCUACAUGAAGAUAUCAAAAUGAAUACCUUGUUGGGUGAAGACAUUGAAGCGUGGAUCAAUGACGUCUGCAAGCCUAAUGAAAUCCAGAAAUAUAAGACCUUCAUUGAGGAUUUGGACAAGGUGAUGAAUUUGCUGCUUUGUCUAUCAAGUCGUCUAGUGCGUGUGGAAAGUGCCCUGAGCAAAGUCAACGAGUCCACUGAUUUGGAGGAGAAGCAAUCACUGAACGAAAGACAUCAAAUGCUCUCCCGUCAGCAUGAAGGUGCUAGAGGACUGAAGGAGCAUCAAGAUCACCGGGAGCGGGUGACCUUUAGAAUCCUAACAAACUACCUCACUGAGAUUCAACUUCAACAUUGUCAUCACUUUGUACAAAUGAGAAAAGCUUUAUUAAUCAAGCAAAAAGAAGUUGAAGAACAUCUCAGAUUGACUGAGGAGCAAUUGGGAUUUCUUGAAAACAGUCUUUAAUUAAUGUCCCAUUUUGCUUUUCUAUGAAGUUCCCAGCAAAAUCUAAGAUAGAUUUAUCAUAUCUUAUGAUUUGGAUUAACUGUUCAUUCCAAUAUCAGCAAAUGUUAACUUUAUUUUUCCUCAUUGUUUGCACAUUAAAUGACUUAAGUAGAUGAUUAAAUAAAUUCAACAGGGGUUACGCAGUAAUAAUAGAACCUAAUUCCUUAGGAUUAUGGAACCAGUUAAUGGCACAUUGUUGCUCCUGGAUAACUAACUAACAGCUUUCCUUAUUUAAAUUGAUAAGCAUGAAACAUAAUAUCACACACAAUCAUGUGACGUUGUUUUCAUUGCAAAAUCGUUAUGCUUAUCACAACAUAUCAGUGCAUUCCUCAUGCAUGGCAUCAUCUUGAUGUUGAACUCCUUUAGAUUGAUUUCCUGACCAAAUAGCAAUAUCUCCUCUUUAAUAUAUAUCAUUUUUGCAGCAGUGACAGUACAGUAUUUAUAUUGGCUUUAAUGUUUCAGUAUGAAAUAAUUCACAGAUGCGUAAUCCAGCAAAACUUGAUGCUGAGCCACAAAAGGAGAUAUUAGGACCAAUGACCAUAAAGAGCCUCCUAAGGGAGGAAAGUGAUGUGGAGAAGGUCAGCGAGGGAAUUCCAGAACUCUGAGCUUUAAAAAUCUAUUACACGAGUGAUGAUGGUGGAGCAAAGAAAAUUGUGUACAGACAGAAUUCAAAACUGGAGAAGCAAAGAGAUCUCAGUGAGUUGUACAUUUUUAAAGGGUUGUGAGUCUGGGAGUUGGUGGUGUGGAGAGGCCCAUGGAGGGAUUUGAAAAGAUGGUUCAGAAUUGUAAAAUCAAGCUAUUGCUAAACUGGGAACCACGGUGGUUAGCCUGCUCAGAGGCAAUAUGUGAAUAUGGUAUGAGUUAGAACUAAGGCAGUAGAAGUCUAGAGGUUAGAAAGCCUUGGAUGAGGGUUUCAGCAGCAGAUGAGCUGAAGUGAGACAGUGUUGCAGAUGUGGAAGUAAGCUGUCUUGUUAAUAGGAUGGGCAUGUGGUCUGGAACUACCUCAUGGCCAUCUCACCGGUCUGAUUUUGUCUUGGACAGUCACCAGGGAGAGCAAAGAAAAUUGUGUGUGGUCAAGAAGUCGGAAGUGGAGAAGCAAAGAUAUCUUGGAAAGAUAUAAAUUCUUGGAGGGUUGUCUGGCUGAGAGGUGGUGGUACUGGUAAUUAGGCAACAGAGUAUGUGGCAGGGUCUGAACACAUGGUUUCUUCUUUCUAAUACUUGGAGGAAAUUUCUGCUCAUCCAGUACUGCACGUUCAAUAAGCAGUCCAACAAUUUAGAGAUGGUGGAUGAGUCAAGGGAGGUGGUGCUGAGGUAAAACGGGAAGUUAUCUGGUUAAAUGUGGAUACUGACAUGUUUUCAGAUGAUGCUACAGUGAUUUUAAAACUGUAAUCUUGUCUUAAAGUUUCAAUGUUUGUAAAUUGCCUUAGUUUUGCACUCAUCAGUCAAGUAAAUGGCUUGUAAUUACUUGAUAUCAGUUGUCUCCAUCAAUGUAUGACUUUUUGUAUAUUAAUUAUUCUAGCAUUAUCUUCCAAUGCUCGUACUAUUAUAAAUUAAAUUUGAUAUAUUGCAAUGUAUAUAUAAAAGUUUAGUUUGCAUCUAUGUACUUCACCACAAAGUGAUGUUUCCUUAAACAGGCUUCCUCUUAUUCUAAGUAACAAGCUGAUAAACCAAUCAUUGCUU